GAGAAGGCAGGGAAGAUAUAAAAGCCAAUGUGCAUCGCCUUUUCUGGGAUAUUCUCCUGGAAACGUUUGGUUAUACUAUAUUUUUUAUUCAAUUGAAUAUCCAGAGCCCAGAGAUUGCUAAUGUCGCUGUCUGAGACCAUUACACUGCCAGAUGGCACGAAAUACGAACAGCCAUUGGGUCUGUUCAUCAACAACGAGUUUGUCCAAGGUACAGGCGGGUUGAUUGAGUCCUACUCUCCACAUUCCACGAAAUUGAUUACAUCGGUGCAUGCUGCUAGUGCUGAAGAUGUUGACAAGGCCGUUCAAGUUGCGAGAGAGGCUUAUAACAAGACAUGGAAGCACAUCGAACCAAGCGAUAAGGGUAAGCUCAUGUGGAAGCUGGCCGAUCUCCUGGAGAAGAAUGGGGAGAUCCUCGGAAAAAUUGAUGCUAUCGAUGCCGGUAAACCAUUUGAAAACAAUGCUUUGAACGACAUUGCACAAUCUGCUUCGCUUUGUCGUUACUAUGCCGGUUAUACAGACAAAGUUCCUGGUAAAUAUACCCAGAUCAAUGCUGAUAAGUUUGUCUACGAGGUCCAAGAACCUUAUGGAGUCGUUGGACAAAUCGUUCCAUGGAACUACCCAUUAGCAAUGGCACAAUGGAAGAUCCUCGGUGCAAUUGCUGCUGGUAACACCGUUGUUAUCAAAUCUGCUGAAAACACUCCAUUGAGUUUGUUGUACUUUGGUAACCUUAUCAUUGAGGCAGGAUUCCCACCCGGUGUGGUCAACAUUAUCUCGGGCUGGGGUAAAGAAGCUGGUUCAGCAAUUGCAAGUCACAUGGAUAUUGACAAAGUUGCAUUCACGGGUUCUACAGCAGUGGGGAAAUUGAUCCAACAGAUGGCUUCGGCUUCGAACUUGAAGGCAGUCACCUUAGAAUGUGGUGGUAAAUCACCAUGUGUCGUUUUUGAGGAUGCCGAUUUGGAAAGUGCUGUCAGACAUGCCUCAUUGGGUAUCUUCUACAACAGUGGUCAGAACUGUACUGCUAACUCAAGAAUUAUCCUUCAUGAGUCCGUCCACGACAAGUUUUUGCAAUUGUUCAAGGACUACGUUGACUCUAACUGGAUUGUCGGUGAUCCUUUCGACCCAAAGGUCACUGUUGGUCCACUUGUCUCAAAGGUUCAAAGAGACCGUGUCCAAUCUUAUAUUGACCACGGUUUGAACGUUGAGAAAUUGGAGAGAUUCAUGGGGAAUGAACCAGUCAAGGCUGAAGGUUACUAUAUUCCACCAACUGUGUUCAUCAACGUUCCAACUACUUCUAAAUUGUGGAAAGAGGAAAUUUUUGGACCUGUUGCAGUUGUAUGCAAAUUCUCCACAUACGAUGAAGCUCUACAAUUGGCUAACGAUACCACAUAUGGACUGGGUUCUGCUGUCUUUUCAACGAAUAUCAAGAGGGCACACAGAUUCGCAGCAGGAUUGCAAGCUGGUACUGUUUGGAUCAACUCUAGUAACGAUGAAGAUGUGAGGGCAAGUUUCGGUGGUUACAAGCAAAGUGGUGAAGGUAGUGGCCGUGAAUUGGGUGAGAAAGGUCUAUUGAUCUAUACCCAGACAAAAGCUGUGCAUGUCAACUUGGAUCUUGAGGGUAGCAAGUUGUGAUUAAAACGUUUCUUACUGUAAUGAAUAGUUCUGAUGCUAUACCAAAGUUGUUAACCUGGAC